AUGCGAGCGCUUCGGAAAGAGGACACGGCUUUGCCGUCGCUUAGAAGAGCUUUCUCUCCCUACGAUCAGAUUAACAUUAUCACCGAAGACCAGCUCCGUUUCCAAGCAAGACUUAAUCUGGCUUCUAUUCUAUUGAACUCAGAGAUUUUAGUUCUUGGCUGUGGGAGGCAUAUUCAACCAGUAAAUCCUGAACUUCGUAGCUUCAUUCGUUCGACUGGCAUGAAACUUGAAGUCAUUGACUCAAGAAAUGCAGCCUCCACUUACAAUAUAUUGAACGAAGAAGGCAGAAUUGUAGCUGCGGCACUUAUCCCACACGGAGGCACUUCUUGA